AUGUCUUAUAGUCAAGAACAGCCGCUCCAAAUUGGAGUUUUACUCUGCGGUGUCGUUCAACUUUUGGACCUCGCCGUUAUCGACCUCUUUGCCAUCCUCCACCCUGAUUAUCUCGCCAAAUGCGAUGUCUCGCAAUCUGUCCUCGACCAGGCAGUGCCGUCCACAAUCCGCUACAUCGGCGAAUCUUCGUCUGCGGAAUUGACCGGCAGUAUCACCAUGAACAUCACGGACCAUGUCUCCUCUGAAUCUGUGGCACCAGGGAAUUUAGACAUUCUAUUGAUCCCCGGCCCCGAUCCCAGCGAAGUUCCCAGCGACGAGAUUCUAAAUUUUGUGCGAGCUCAUCACGAGUUUGGCACCACCAUCAUUACCAUUUGCACUGGCAGCCAAGUAGCUGCUUAUGCGGGUAUUCUUGAUGGAAAGCAAGCUGCUGGGCCUUGGAAAUUGCUCCCAAUUUUACGAGAAAGAUUUCCUGAAGUUAAAUGGAAUGACACCCAUAGAUAUGUGAGGGAAGACAAUAUUUGGUGCAGCGCUGGAAUUGCCAAUGGUCUUGACACGGUGAUCGCUUAUAUGCGCACGAAUUUCGCCCCACCCGUCGUUGACGAGGUAUGCGGCCUAGCAGAAGUCGCGGAUAGACACGUAGAAUUUGCGGCUUAA